CCAAUGCUCCCUAAGCGCCGGGGGCGGACCUGUGUGGCGCGUGGCCGGAACCUGGGGGAUAUCCACGCGGGCUUGAGCCAUGGCUGAAAGUGGCCGGCCACCUCAGGCCCGGGCCCUCCUGCAGCAGUGCUUGCACGCCCGGCUGCAAGUACGCCCCGCCGAAGGGGACGCCGCGGCCCAGUGGGUGGAGGUCCAGAGAGGAUUAGUGAUCUAUGUGUGCUUUUUCAAGGGAGCUGAUAAAGAGCUUCUUCCCAAAAUGGUUAAUACACUGUUAAAUGUGAAAUUAAGUGAAACAGAAAAUGGCAAGCAUGUCUCUGUAUUGGAUCUACCUGGCAACAUUCUUAUCAUCCCUCAAGCCACCCUUGGGGGGAGAGUAAAAGGAAGAAGCAUGCAGUAUCACUCUAACUCUGGAAAAGAAGAGGGGUUAGAACUUUAUUCCCAAUUUGUGACUCUCUGUAAAAAAGAAUUAGCUGCUAACAGCAAGUGUGCCGAAGCUGGGGUUGUGGUGGAACAUGGCACUUACGGCAACAGGCAGGUGUUAAAGCUCGACACCAAUGGACCAUACACACACCUAAUUGAGUUUUGAAAAAUUAAAAGUUUCUACAGUUGUAAUUAGAUUCUCCUCCCCUUCUGCUUGAGUACACUAAUCUGCAGCAUUUUUAGACAAGAAAAUCCUGGGUCCCAUCCAUAACUCUGCAGCCUGCUAAUUGGACGACCUUGCCACGUCACCUAAACUCUGGAUCUCAGUCACCUUCCAUCCUGCUUUCCCCUAAACUCACACUCAAAAUUUUGAAAAAUGCCUUGUAUUCGCUUUAUGGUCAUUGAUA